AUGAAUUCAGAUACAAAUAUAAAAAUUAUGCUAAAUGAAAAGUACGAAGCGGAAGUAAAAGAAUCACGCGAAAGUUUGGUGCCGAUUAUUAAAACUGUUAUCCUUUGCGGUAGACUAGGGAUUGAAACAAAUGAUGGACUUAUAAAGGCAGAUAGAAACUUCAAAUCACUGUUGGCUUAUCGGGUUGAUGCUGGAGACAAAGUUUUAGAACACCAUUUAAAAAGUUCAGGAAAAAAUGCAACAUAUAUUUCAAAAACGGUUCAAAAUGAACUAAUAGACAUUUGUGGUCAAAUUAUAACAGAAAAAAUAAUUAAAGAGGCUAAAAUUGCUAAGUACUUUUCAGUGAUUGCAGAUGAAACGACUGAUGUUUCUCAUCACGAGCAGUUAUCUGUAUGCAUUCGUUUUGUGUGUUUGAUAAAUGGUUUUCAUACAACCAGAGAAGAAUUUUUAAACUUUAAGAAAGCUAAUGAUGUUAGUGGUAAAGGGUUAGGUGAACUAAUUAUUCAAACUCUGAAAAGACAUAGUCUCGACCUUUCUUACUUAGUAGGUCAAGGUUAUGAUGGCGCAUCAUCCAUGUCUGGUUGUUAUAAUGGUGUCCAUGAGCACGUAAGACAGGUGGCUCCAUCCAUUAUUGCAAACACUCAAUAA